AUGGCUGAAAUCGGUGAGUUGAGAGGUUGUCUUGCCCGCAUGGAGCAAGCUGCCACCAUGACGACUAUUUCCAAGGUGGAUGUCCCUGCCGAAGAAGAGGUUAAUUAUAACUCACGCACCUCGUGGGGUUGCAGUUGUCCUAUUGACAAUUACGGAUGGGAUUUCGGUCAUACUACAGAAUGUAAUUCGAGCACCGUUACCACUGCGUCCUUAAAUUCCCAUAUCGACUCUGGGGCUGAUGAGCAUGAUGAUAUAGUGCCAUGUAAAGCUGAUGAAUGGGACGUUCGUGUCAUUGAUGAUGAUAUGGUGCCAUGUAAAGUUGAUGAAUGGGGUGUUCGUGUCGUUGAUGAUACAGUGCCAUGUAAAGCUGAUGAAUGGGGUGUUCGUUUCAUGGUACAUGAAGGAAAUAUGCAAUCGAAGAAAGUCGAGUUGGAGAAAGACCAACAACCUGGGUUUGGGGAGUCGCUCCAAAGUUACCCGGAAGAGGACAGCCGCCCUUCUUCUGUUGUAAUUUCGGUAGCCCAGGUCCAGGCCUCGGCGCCGGACCCAACCGACAUCAACCAACCACCUUGCGCUUUCCAAUUGAAGGAGUUCCCUGGGAGAGACCUCAGUAACGGGCUGCUUUUCAACAAAAAAAUUACAGAUUUCAUGCAGGAGCUUGAUGAUAUCAUGUUCUGGUUCGCCAAAGACCACCUCCCGAAAGAUGAACAGGUACGCGUGAUCUUUGAAACUAUCAACAAGGAGAUUAAUCUGCUUAUCCUCACGUUGACCAAACUCGAGAUAUUCCCCAGCCCAGAGAAUACGAUCGAGAAUGCCGUUCUCAAGGGCUGUGAAUCCAUUAGCGAGAUCGUGGUGUACAUGGUUGACAUCCACAUCUACGAGGUCGAACUCAAAGAGUCUAAGUAUGAAGCUGCUGCGGAAGCGGAAGAGGGUGUGGAAGAGUGUGAUUGUUGGUGUGAUGGGCAUCGGCGUCAUGAACGUUGGUUUGUUGAAUGCUCGAAUGCCAAAGUCGACACUAAGGACAAAGCCGAGGACGCUAAGAUCGAGAUACAGACUUCCAACAUUCGGGAAUACCUCAAACUGCUCUUGGAAUCGGUCAAAAGAUGGGUAUAUGCCGUGUUGAAAAGUAGCGACGAGCGAGUCAGGUCGAAGGACACCGUAUUGAAAUUUGACACUUAUGGUCGUUGA